AUGAAAAUCAACUCAAUAACCAUAGCAUUUCCCUUCAAGCCAUACCCUGCACAGAUCCUUACAUGCUCAAAAAUCAUAGACUGUCUGAAAAAUAAAAAAACGGGCAUAAUUGAAUCACCCACGGGCACCGGCAAGAGCAUCGCCAUUCUGUGUGCUGUGCUUGCCUGGCAUGCACACAACAGGGACACACGCAUUUUUAUCUGCUCAAGAACGCAUAAACAGUUGGACCAGCUGGUAGCGCAGCUCAGGAGCACGGUGUACACACCGAAGGUGUGUGUGCUUGCGAGCAGACGGGUGCUGUGCCUGAACAGGAAUGCGCUCAAGGGUGAUGUGAACAGCACGUGCAGAGAGCUGGUGAAGAAGGGCGAGUGCCGGUACUUCAUGGGCAAGGAGCGCCUUGUGAAGAGCAUUGGCGAUGUGCACGACAUUGAGGAGCUUAGACAGAUGGGCGAGAAGUGCACGGGCUGUCCGUACUACGCGUCGCGUAUGCUGUCGGAGAGUGCCACAAUCACUUUCAUGCCGUACAACUACGUGGUUGAUCCCAUGGUACGGCACACGAUGGGCAUUGAGCUGAAGAACAGCGUGGUGAUCGUUGACGAGGCACACAACAUCGAGGAUGCGUGCCGGUCUGCAGGUUCGAUCGAGCUCACAAACAACACGAUCGAUAUUAUGCUCAAGGAGCUCGUGAGCGCGUACCGAAGGGCUGAGGAGUACAAGGAGGAUCUGAUGGUGCUCAAUUUCUUCUUGCGCAAAAUGCGCGACGUGUCAGACGUAAAAAUGACGCGCUCCAAUCUCGAAAACGAGUGCGCAUGUUUCAAGGGUGACGAGAUUGUGCAGUUGCUCACGCACAAGCAGGUGGUACCUGAGCUCAUCGCCAAGAUGCGUAUGAAUGCGCUGUUCAAGAAGAAUGAAGAGCUCAAAGAUGCAUUUUCUCUCAUGUUCCUGCAGACAAUCGAGAGCCUUGUAUCGGUGCUCAUGCUUAUAUUUAGCGGCAAGGCACCCUCCUACGCCCUGAUAGUGGGCGGUGCUCCGGGCAUUCCCACCAUCAAUUUCAUGCUGCUCGAUCCCGAUGUGAUGUUCAAUGCGGUCGUUCAGCACGUGCACGCACUUGUUGUGCUCUCGGGCACGCUUACGCCGUUCUCAGCCGUUGAAAACGAGCUCAACCAUCGGUUCGCGUACUCGCUCGUUGCUCCCGCUGUGGCACAGCACACGUUCUGUGCAACGAUACUGAAGAACACGCGUACCGGUGCCGAUAUGCUCGGCACGUAUGCGCAUGCUGAAUCGUUUGAGUACGUGGAUGAGGUGAUCGAUGUUAUUUACGGUGUUAGUGAGAGUGUGCAGGGCGGGGGUACCGUUGUGUUUCUGCCGUCGUAUCAUGCCGUUAAUAAGGUGUUUGGAAGGAUGAGGAUGCGUAGCACUGGCAGUGAGGCAGGGAUGAGGGCUGGUGCAGUAUUCGGUAAUAAAGCAUGGGUUAACAAAAUGAGAACAGACACGACCAACAAAUCGAUCGGUAUGAACAAAAAUCCGUUCUUCACGAGGAAGAUGGCAAAUCACAGCGUAAACAAUCGCAUAGAAAACGUGUUUAUAGAAACAAACGAUAAAAGCUUUGACAAAACGUUCGCAGCGUACAAAAAGCAUCACAAUCCCAUUUUAUUGGCGGUAUACCGUGGCAAGGCAUCGGAAGGCACAGACUUUAAGGACAGGCUAGCACGUGCAGUGAUACUCAUAGGUAUGCCCUGUCCCAACAUAAAGGAGGUGAGCGUUGAGCUUAUGCGUAAUCACAGACCGGGUUGGUACGAGAAUCAAAUAUUUAAGGCGGUUAAUCAGGCUAUAGGACGGUGUGUAAGGCAUAGGUUGGAUUGGGGUGGUGUGUUCUUGGUUGAUGUGCGCUACCGAAGGGAUAAGGAAAGAUUGUGUGGGUGGUGUAGGGAUAGAAUGGUCUAUGGGGAGUAUUUUGGAGAUGUUGUGGAGGAUUUUAGGGGAUUUGUUAGGAAGAUGAAGGAGAUGGACAGGGGCAGGAAUGAGGUUAAGAAUGGGAAUGAGGUUAAGGAUGGGAAUGAGGUAAAGGAUGGGAAUGAGGUUAAGGAUGGGAAUGAGGUAAAGGAUGGGGUAAAGUAUGGGAAUGAGGUAAAGUAUGGGAAUGAGAAUAGGGAUGGGGUAAAGUAUGGGAAUGAGGUAAAGGAUGGGAAUGAGGUAAAGGAUGGGAAUGAUGAAGGAAGUGAGAAUAGAUAUAGAAGUAACAAUAAUCAAAAAGAAAAUGAAAAGGACGUUAAAGUCGUAAAUGCGUAUAAUUAUACGGAACACGGUACGAAUACCGGCAAUGAAAAUGACAGUAAUACUGUGAAGAAGAAAAAUAAUGGAAAGUAUGAAGGUAUUAGUAGAGCAGUAGAAGAAGAAAUAGGUAAAUUUGCAAGAGAUGGAGUAAAAGAUGAGGAGGAAAACGAUGUUAUAGAGCUGGGAUACAAACAUAGGAGAAUAAACGGUACAAAGGACGAAGAUGUGAUGGGUGAUGAUGAAGAGGGGGUGAAAAGAGCACGGGUAGAUGAGCGUAGUAAAUACCAUGAUUAAUAUCGCAGUGCUGUACGGUGCCUUAAGCGGUGGGACAGUCGUACAGCACCACUCAUACGAUACGUUAAAUAAUGGCGUGUUCUAAGAAACGGUUCUUUUGAUACACAGCAUUCCGUUUUACACGAAAAAAAGAAUUAAAAUUACCAACGCUUCCUGUCCUGUCCCAUAAACAGAAAUAGCACAGCUAUCACCGGGCAUGAGCGGUUUGCAACGGAUAGCAGUUCAGCACAUCAUUGUUAUUAAACCUAUCUUUUACCGAACACUUCCUUUCCUACAGCAUUUGUGGUUGUGGUGCUGUGAGAAGUAUCAGGGGCUUGUAGUAAAAUAAAACUGACCAACGUGGUGCUGUGAGAAGUAUCAGGGGCAAAUAAAAAAUUUGCUUGCCAUGGUAAGCAAACGCGGUCUUAAAGAUAUGUUAAAUGAUCUAUCCUUUGCCCUUGUAGCGAAAAUGAACCGAUCCCUGGUAGCAGUGCAGGUAGAUGCGGUAAAAUUAUUGGGAGAAUGAACAGAAUGCCCUGAUUUUAAUCGCAUCACCAGUUCUUGCCUGGGAACGGACACAAAAAGAGGUUAUAUGCGAUAUUAGACCGUACAUGUUG